AUGAACCGGGGAGGCGGGGAGGCGGGGAGGCGGCGCAUCGGCGCAUCGCCAGGAGACGCCCUGCGCAGAGCCGGUUCCGUGUGCAUCCGCUGGCCGGGCUGCUCCCUAGGAAGCCAUGCUUGGAUACUUAUAGCCAUGUUUCAGCUCGCCAUGGAUCUGCCCGCCUGUGAGUCCCUGGGCCCCGGCCCCGAGUUCCGGCUCCUGCCGCGGCCAACGCACCGGCCUCCCAGGUUGUGGAGUUUUAAAAGUGGACAGCCGGCCCGGGUCCCCGCCCCGGUGUGGAGCCCGCGCCCGCCCCGCGUGGAGCGCGGUCACGGGCAGAUGCAGAGUCCCCGUGCCAAACGGGCGCAUAGACCCCGGGACCAGGUGGCCGCCCUGGUUCCCAAAGGGGGUCUCGCCAAGCCCCCAGCUGCUGUGAAAUCCAGCCCGUCCCUCGGCUCCUCCUCCUCCUCGUCGUCGUCCCCAGCGGGCAGUGGGGCCACCACGGACCAGCAGGCCCUCCUGCGGAGGGGGAGGAGGCACCUGCAGGGGCCCGGCUUCAACGGUUUUGACUUCCGAGGCAGCAGGCCCACCACGGAGACGGAGUUCAUUGCCUGGGGGCCCACCGGGGAGGAAGAGGCCCCAGAAUCCAACACAUUUCCGGGCUUCUACGGCCCCACCACAGUCUCCAUCUUCCAAACUCGAAAGACAACUGUGGCCACCACAACCACCACCACUAUGGCCACCACGGCCACUUCCAUGACGCUGCAGACUAAGGGGGUCACCGAGCCCCUGGACCCCAGGAAUAGGAUCCCAGUUGGGUUUAGCACAACGGAGCCUUCCACCAGUCCCAGCAAAGACGGUGGCCAAGACAAGCCCCCACGGAUUCUGGGGGAGACCUCAGGUUUGGCUGUCCAUCAGAUUAUCACCAUCACCGUCUCCCUCAUCAUGGUCAUAGCUGCCCUGAUUACAACUCUUGUCUUAAAAAACUGCUGUGCCCAAAGCGGGAACACGCGUAGGAACAGCCACCAGCGGAAAAUCAACCAGCAGGAGGAGAGCUGCCAGAACCUGACGGACUUCACCCCCGCCCGGGUGCCCAGCAGCCUGGACAUCUUCACAGCCUAUAACGAGACCCUGCAGUGUUCGCACGAGUGUGUCCGGGCGUCCGUGCCCGUGUACACCGACGAGACGCUGCACCCAACGGGGGAGUACAAAUCCACGUUUAACGGGAACCGACCCUCUUCUUCUGAUCGGCAUCUUAUUCCUGUGGCCUUUGUGUCUGAGAAAUGGUUUGAGAUCUCCUGCUGACUGGCCGAAGUCUUUUUUACCUCCUGGGGCAGGGCAGACGCCAUGUGUCUAUUUUAUGGAUUCCGUUGGUGAACCUGUAAAAAAA